AUGCCACAAGAAAUAGACAGUAGUUGGGCAGGCGUUUAGUCUCCACCUACCGAUACUGACCUCCAUACCCACUUCCACAGGACAAUGAUAAGAUUAAAGAAGAGAUGUGUUUUUGCUUUGCCAAGGUAGAGCAAGAGAGAGAGAGUAGCCAACCAACUCCAAUAAUACAGCAGACUAGGGAGGGAUAAACAAUUAACAAGCCUUCCCCUUCCCUUCCCUUCCCUUUGGAAUCGAAGCAGCUCGAUCAACAAGCAGCUGCAGCUUCCUUCCCUUUGGAAUUGAAGCAGCUCGAUCAACAAGCAGCUGCAGCUGCUCCUGCUCCUAGGAGCAAAAGCUACCACCAACAAGCAAGUAACCUGGCCAUUUCCAUGGAUGAUGGGCAGAGCAAGACGGCGGACCUGGACCCGGUGCUGCACUCCAUCGGCUUCCAGAUCGAGGAGCUGUCGCCGUCGCAGCUCACCGGCCGACUCCCCGUCACCGCCAAGUGCUGCCAGCCCUUCAAGGUGCUCCACGGCGGCGUGUCGGCGCUGGUGGCCGAGGGCCUGGCCAGCAUGGGCGCGCACAUGGCCUCGGGCUACCGCCGCGUCGCCGGCGUCAGCCUCAGCAUCAACCACUUCCGCAGCGCCGCCGUCGGAGACGUCGUGCUCGUCCGCGCCGCCCCAGUCCACGUCGGCCGCUCAACCCAGGUGUGGGAGGUGAAGCUGUGGAAGCAGGAUCCAUCGACGCAGGGGAAGGGGCCUCAGAUCUCGGAGUCGCGGGUGACGCUGCUCUGCAACCUGCCGGUGCCGGACAACCUCAAGCACGCCGGCGACGCUCUCAAGAAGUACGCUCAAGCUGCCGACGCCGCCGCCGCCAAAACCACCACCACCAGCAGAUUGUAGAUAUACUCCGCUACUACUUGUGUUUUCGUUCCAAUCACUACUGGCAUAGCAUAUAUGCAUAUAUGUACAUCAUCUCUUCCUUUUCUUUUCGUUUCUUUUCUGCAUAUAUGAUAUGAUACUCCAGGACAGUGAUACAAUAACGUAAACGUACCAUGUUGUUCAUCAGCAUGGAGAAGUAGACUGUACCAUGUGUGUUCUUUGCUUUUCUAUGUAUAUAUCCACUUGAAUUGGGCGU